GCCUGGACGGCGGGGCUCCUCGCGCUACGUCCGGGUGCGUCCCGAGGCCGGAGGCCCGGCGUCCCGUGGCCAGGAGCGCGACCCGGCAGAGCGUGAGGAGGGCGCGGGAUGCAUAGACCUGGACUCCCGGUCUUCCUGUCACCACUUCCUGCCCCUUGUGCCCUGUGGUCCCCACCUCUGCCCACAGCUGCAGUGGAAGUGGCUGCUGGACCAGAUCUUCCAGGAGGACUUCUCAGAGGAUGAGGAGGUGGUGCUGCUGGCCACAGACUACAUGCAGCAGGUGUCCCAGCUCAUCCGCUCCACACCACACAGGAUCCUGCACAACUACCCGCCGUGGCGUGUGGUGGUGGACCUGAGUGAGCACCCAUCUUCCCCAUCAUUCCUGGAGUCCCUGCAUGAGCUAGCCCGAGAGAUGGAGGGCAGUGACAAGCGCCAGGAGCUGGCCCGAGUCUCCCUGGGCCAGGCCAACGGCCACUUUGGCAUGGCACUUGGUGCUCUCUUUGUACACGAGCACUUCUCAGCAGCCAGCAAAGCCAAGGGGAUGGAGGCCCCAGGAAGGCAGAGAAAUGGCUGCUCCUUCAUCUCCCUUGGGGAUUUGACCUGGUGAGCAGGGGAGCCCCGAGGGGCUGAGUCACAGCACCUGCCCCAUGUAUGCGUCCCAUGUAAGCCAUGGUGCGGCGGCCCCAUCUGAAGUUGGCUUGGGUGUGGAGGUGGCUCAGCGAGGGGCGAUCUCUCCUGGCUCCAGGCACGUCUGGGUCUUUGGUACCCCAGUGCUGGAGUCUGGAGCCAAGGAAGGCAGCACACUGGGUGUGGCAGAGUCCUGGCCCUGUGGAGGAAGGAUGCCUGGUGCCUAGUUUGGUCCUCCCCAAGGUAUUGGCACAGGAGGGUCCCCCUUUCCUAGGAUUUGAGCAGGUUGGAGUCCAAGAGCAAGCCCAGGAUGGCUGUGGGUGUCAGUGUGUCAGCCUUGCAGGUA